GAAACCGUCGGUGAGCGUAUCAGUGUCCUAAUAGGAAAACUGAAAAUACAAGGGGAGUGUACAGUGUACACUGUGUGUCAAUGAUCGAGUAAAAAAGGAGACGACUUGUUAAGCGGUGUGUCUUCAAGUGUCGUGCAUGCAUUUUAUGCAUCUGUUGCUUUGCAUGCACUCUCUCUCUCUCUCUCUCCCCCAUUCUCUCUCUCUCCCCUUCUCUCUCUUACCCUCUUUCAUAUACAAAAUACACGCUUUCUUUCUUGGUCUUACCCACAGAGCCCAAAACCCCCCACCCCAACUCGCCGUUACAACUUACGUUUGUGAAACGGUAAAAAUCCACUGAGUUUGACUCGUUUCUUCUUCCGCAGCUCACUCUAUUCUGCUCAUGGUUUCUGCCCAGUAUUUGAAUGACUAGUCGUUUUCAAGAUUUGGGUUUUGCAGAUUUGGACAAAAAAAAGGGUUUGCAGGGGUUGAAUUUGGGAUAAUGGGGUCCAAGAUUUGCAUGAAUGUUUUGUGUGGAACGACUAAUACGCACGAAUGGAAGAAAGGUUGGCCUUUACGAUCUGGUGGAUUUGCCCAUCUAUGCUUCAAGUGCGGAGCUGCAUAUGAGAAAUUAGUUUUCUGUGAUAAAUUCCAUGCGGGGGAAAGUGGUUGGAGGGACUGCAGUUUGUGCCGCAAGCCUCUCCACUGUGGAUGCAUAGUCUCGAAGUCAUUGUAUGAGUGCCUGGACUAUGGGGGUGUAGGGUGUAUUAGCUGUGCAAAGAGUUCUCAACCUCGUGUGAUCCAGAAUGAUGAUGUUCUGAAUGGAUUUGGUGGAUUGAAAAUAAGUAACUAUAGUGAUCGGCAAUCUACUGUUGUUCAGAAUGGAGCAUUUAGUAAUACUGUUGAUGAAGGAAAACUUUUGCAAUUGUGCAAAAUCAUGGAGGCAAAUGAAUCCAACCUUUUGCCUCAACCUCAGAGAGGUGACAUAAAUGUAUCCCUUGUGCAAAAGAAACAAGAAGAAGUGAUAAAUCAUAAGGGGGAAGUUGGCUUGGGAUUUUCAAGUACCACUCAGCCAUCUAUUGGAUCAUUGACAUUUUCCAAAUCUGACAAUGGUAGAACAAUGAUAGAGGAUAUGAAUAAAUCAUCCUCUCAGCCAUCUUUGAGUAUGACUUUGGGAUCCCCAUCUGCAACUCCAAGUUUUGUACAACCCUUUCCUGGGGGGCUUGUGGAUGGAAGAGAACAGAGCAAGACACCUUCUUCCUUUCAACAGGGGCAUGGAAGAGAACAGGGCACGACACCUUCCUUCCAGCAGGGGCUUGUGGAUGGAAGAGAACAGAGCAAGACAUCUUCUUCCUUCCAACAAGGGCUUCUCGAUGGAAGAGAACAGAGCAAGACAUCUUCUUCCUUCCAACAAGGGCUUGUGGAUGGGAGAGAACAGAGCAAGACACCUUCUUCCUUCCAACAAGGGCUUGUGGAUGGAAGAGAACAAAGCAAGACACCUUCUUCCUUCCAACAGGGGCAAAAAUCUAGGCCUAUUUUGCCCAAGCCCUUGAAACCUGGUGUCGCUAUGAGUUCAGAGACAAAUAAAGGUGGAUUUCCUAAUGUGCGUGUUGCAAGGCCACCUGCUGAAGGGCGGGGGAAGAAUCAGUUACUUCCUCGAUACUGGCCGAGGAUUACUGAUCAAGAGCUGCAGAAAUUAUCUGGAGAUUUGAAUUCUACUAUUGUGCCACUGUUUGAGAAGGUGUUGAGUGCCAGUGAUGCAGGUCGAAUUGGUCGUCUGGUUCUCCCAAAAGCAUGUGCUGAGGCGUAUUUUCCUCCUAUUUCUCAAUCAGAAGGCCUUCCUAUAAAGAUUCAAGAUGUGAAGGGGAAUGAAUGGCUCUUUCAGUUCAGAUUUUGGCCAAAUAAUAAUAGCAGGAUGUAUGUUUUAGAAGGUGUAACACCUUGCAUACAGUCUAUGCAAUUGCAAGCGGGUGAUACUGUGACAUUCAGUCGGAUAGAUCCUGGAGGCAGACUUGUAAUGGGAUUUCGGAAGGCAUCCAAAUCGCUAGAUAUGCAGGACCCCCAAACAUCUAUCCUUCCCAACGGCAGCACUCCUGGGGAAACUUCCUGUCCUAGUGUUGUUGAGAAUCCAGCAACUGGAAGUGGUAACCCCGGCCUUUUCCAAACAAAUACAGGAAGCAAGGAUCCUCACCUACAUGCUUUAUCGGAACAUUUGCAUUUGACUGAUGGGGAUAUGAGCUUGCAUAAAAAUGAUUAUCAUGGUCACAGAACAAGUGAGGAUUUGCUGCAGCAGCCAGUGUCGAAUUCUGACAAGAAGAGGGCCCGAAAUAUUGGGCCAAAAAGCAAGAGGUUGCUCAUGCAUAGUGAAGAUGUUCUGGAGCUGAGGCUGACAUGGGAAGAAGCACAGGACUUGCUUCGUCCACCCCCGAGUGUCAAACCAAGCAUUGUCACUAUUGAAGAUCAUGAAUUUGAGGAGUAUGAUGAGCCCCCAGUUUUUGGGAAGAGAUCUCUAUUCACUGCCUCAUCAUCUGAGAGACAGGAACAAUGGGCUCAAUGCGAUGAUUGCUCCAAGUGGCGGAGGUUGCCUGCUGGUGUUCUUCUCCCUCCAAAGUGGACAUGUUCAGAAAAUUCUUGGGAUACAAGCAGGCGCUCAUGUUCUGCACCAGAGGAGAUGAGCCAGAAGGAUUUCGAUAGUCUUCUAAGAGCAAGCAAAGAUUUAAAGAAGCGAAGAAUCAUAGAGAACUGUACGGAAACCCAAGUACAUGAACCUUCUGGUUUGGAUGCCCUGGCUAGUGCUGCCAUUCUGGGAGAUAAUGUGGUUGACUCAGGUGAGCAAUCAGUUGGAGCCACCACCAGACAUCCACGUCACCGCCCAGGCUGCACUUGCAUAGUAUGCAUUCAACCACCAAGUGGGAAGGGCAAGCACAAGCCAACAUGCACAUGCAAUGUGUGCUUGACAGUUAGACGGCGCUUCAAAACCCUCAUGAUGCGCAAGAAGAAACGCCAAUCAGAACGUGAAGCAGAGAAUGCUCAGAAGGAUAAUAACAACCACAAGGAUGAGUCAGAAAUAAAUGGCACAUCAACAGAGGUUGGGUUGCAUAUGAAUCACUCAUCAGAGAAUGGAGGCUGCCAGGGCAGAAUUGAAGCUGAUGUGGCUGAAAGUUCCACCGCUGGACAAAUUGAUCUGAAUUGUGAACCCAACCCGUAUGUGCAGGCUUCAGGAUUGACCUUGUUGAGGCUUGCUGACGCUGUCUCCCAACCAUUAAACAACUACAGGAAGGAAAGUUGCCUCGCAAACAUGAUGUGCGAGCCACAGGCAGGUAUUGGUUCCUCUUUACUUACACAAGCUACUGAUGAGAGUGAAAGACGCCUGUCAAAUGAAGGCUGCCUUUCAGCUGUUGCGGCGUGGGACUGUGAGGGUAGAGGUGAUGCAGACUGAAACAAUCCGGCUGUUGCCCUGGUUCUUUGUUUUUUUGGUUGUCAAAGUAUAACUUUAUUUUGUUUUUACUUUUAAUGGGCAGUGUUAUACAUCUCUACCAGUUCCAUAGAGUCAAUGAAUGCCUUUACCUCCAAGUCAAAACAGACGAAUCCAUGGUGUUUAUAAA